AUGCAAUGGGAGGUUGGGUUCGUGCGUAGGGGGUUUUUCUCGCCACUGCCACAGUAUCUUCUUCCUCCCUCUCCUGCUCGUCGGAGCGGAGGUCGCCCUUUGCCUCUUUUCCACUCUUCUCCUCUCACCAUAGCCACCAGCCACCGGCCUCGAUGCCUCCUCUCCUCCUCCUCCUCCUCUCUCCCGCGACUAACACUGCCGCCGGUCAUAUGUCCUCCUCGCGACGCCGCCACCGAGCCAACACGCCGACACCGCUCCUCCCCUUCUCCUCUCCACGCCACCAUCAUUCGCGGUAACACGCCGCCACCACUGUACCGACCUCGCCGCCUACAAGCGCCCCUCGCCGGAGCCACCUCAACACCACCCUCUCUCUCUCUUCUCCUUUCGCCAGAGUUGCUCAGCGCCAUUAUCCCCUCUCUCUCUCUCCUCUCCUCUCGCCGGAGCCGCCCCCGACCAGUCCCCCUUCCUCCCUCUCGGCGCACCAGCAACCUUCUCUCCUCUCCCCGGCCAACGCCGCUGGAUUCGUGCCGCUACUGGCGCUAG